GUUCGUUGCAGUGAUUAAUCGCUGCGGGAGUCAGAUAAAAGGCCUGCAUCCUACAGCUAAAGGAUGGAUCCGCUCGCAGUCCUGCGCGGAUUUGUCAUAGAUAAAAAACUUGACCAGGUGGUUGAGUCCCCAGAUGGUAGUCGUAUUCAAUUUGGGGAUCGCUACUCGUUCCCAAAGGAUGUGGCAACUGCGUACAAGUCUCAGAUGGGUAGAGGAGAUCUGUACCCUUUGAGCUCUCUAGUCUUCUUCAUGAAGAAUGCCAGAAAGGGGGGUGAUCUUAUCAAGCUAGCCAACCAGGCAGGCGUGAAACCUGUCACCUUCAUCGACAGAAAGGACUUGGAGGCGUACUUGACAGGAGAAAAGGAAAACUCGGACUACAUACAGCUGCCAACAGAUGACAUCAUAGUCCCCACCACCACUGGGGAGCCAGCAGAUGACAAGGGAGCGAAGGCGCUGGCCGACUUGCUGGGGAGGGAGCGCUCGCUGCGGGAUCGCAACACUCAACUGCUGGUGCCCGGCAAAAGCUUUGCCUCAGCGCUUACUAUCCUGGCCACUGUACAGAAACGCCAGCAGGAGAAGGAGGCGUCGCGCAGUGGCACCGCCAAGAAGCCGAGGAAGGAGGUCAUUCCUGUCAUGCCCAGCAGACGGUUUGAUCGGCCGGCGGGGGAGGGCCUGGCAGCGAUGGGGAUCGACGAGUACAAGGGGCAGCAGAUUGACGCAUACGGCGCGCGAAAAAAGACCGGCGACGCGGCUUCAGCAUUGCCGCCGCUGCCCCCGCCACCGCCCCCGCCGCCAGCGGACGACAGGCCACCGCUGCCACAGCAGCCACCUGCACAUCGCAGCCGGCACCAGUCCUCACAGGAAAAGCACAGGCCUUCAUCAUCUGGGCGAUCUGCUGGGGCCGCGCACAAAAGCCAGGACAAGAACUCCAUGAUUGGCGCUUCUCCCAUCAUCAUUGUGCCAGCUGCUGCCACUGCCACCAUCAACAUGCUCAAUGCCAAGCUGUUCCUGGAGCAGGGCACGUACCGAUCUCCGCAGCAGGUGGCUGACGAAGGCGGCACAAACAGCAGCACUGAGACAUUCAUGCGCACCAUCGGACGCACUAAGCCCGUGCGCUACCGUAUCGUCAACAAGGCGCCCGAAAAAAAGAGCUAUGACUGGAAGCGGGUUGUGGCAGUCUUUGUGUCAGGGGCCAACUGGCAGUUCAAGGGCUGGCCAUUCGAGGGUGCGGAACAGGGUCACUUGGCUGACACGUUGUCGCGCAUGCUGGGGGUGUACGUGGGGCUGAAGGGCGAGGUGAUGCCAGAGAACAUCAAGAAGUGGAACGUGCUCAAGGUUGAGGUGCCCAAGGACAACCGCCACCGUGACCGGCCCAUCGUGCAGGACAUUUACACAGCGCUGGACAAGUUCCUGGCCGCGCACCAAAGCCCCCUCAGAUACUGAGGAGACCUGCACACUUUCAGGAUGUACCAUUUGGGUUGCUGCUUUCUUCUUUUGUCGAUUGCAGUGAAGGAAGCAUUGCUGGACACCGUGCUGUCCUGAUGUGAAGCCGCAUACUAAAUUCGUAAACUUGACCAUGCUAAAUCUAAAGCGAGCAAACCCUGAGGCCCUCAUGACCACGUCAUCUUGAUAGGCAUGCUUGCCGAGACAGUCCUGUUGACUAAGCUCAAAGUUGCGAAAGCCACUGAGUGUAAAACAUGCUGGCUUUAC